AAAUAAAAAUAUUUCGAAUAAAUUUGGAGGCAAAACUUGUACAUUGAUGUCCACUAAACUAAAGUAAUCGAACAUAAUUAGAAAUAGAAUAUCAUCAAAUUUGAUACAUAUUUUAGACGAAAAUGGUUCAUAAAACCGACAAGUGCAUGAGUGUGGAAUCAGAAAAUGAAAAACCACAAGUAUUUGACAGAAAGCAAGCUCAAUAUACAGAUCUUUCCAAGAAAUUUGUAAAUACAAAAAACGACUAUUCUAAACAAUUUGCUCACAUAUAUGCUAGUAGACUUGCUGAAUUACGGAGCGUUUUAAUUCCACGUGUACAAUCUAAAUGGGGAAAUAUUCCUAUUGUCAAAUUGGCUGAAUUAGAAAAUUUAGAGGGUCGAGAAUGUGUAAUAAUUGGUACACUUUAUAAACACCAACAAUGGAAACCAUCAAUUUUGCGUGAACUUAGUGAAGACCAUCAACUUAGUCUUCCUUCUUCAAAAUCUGAUUAUUGUUCUGAAAAAGAUCAACCUUUUCUAGAAGAUGAAAUGUUGCGUAUUAAACUGGUAGGGGAAGAGGUUGACUUAAAACAAAUUGUUACUGGAGUUGUUUGUGCUGUAUUGGGCAAAGAAAACAAUGAUGGAACAUUUAUGGUAAAAGAAUGGUGUUUUCCUGAUUGUGCUCCAAAAGAAUCUGUAACAAACUGUACAUCUGAAGGAAAAGUAGUGUUAGUAUCUGGAUUAGAUCUAUCUACAAAUAGUAAAAGCUUAGAAAUAAAUCUUUUUAUGGAAUGGUUGUGUGGAAUGGCAGGUAAUUCAAUAGUACAGAAAGAUAGCACUUCUAUUGUACGUCUUGUUAUAGCAGGUAAUACUGUAAAAAGAAAUGAUACACUCCACUCAGAAACAGAUACACUAGCUAAAGAAAUUGGAGAAGCAAUAAAAACUACAGAUGAAUUUCUAAGCACUUUGGCAACGUGUUGUUGUAUUACUUUGAUGCCAGGAGAAUAUGAUCCUACUAAUGCUAUGUUGCCUCAAAGACCAUUACAUCCUUGUUUAUUACCUAAAUCAUCUAAACUUGAAAGUUUUAAAAGUACUACAAAUCCAUGGAUUGGUAAAGUUGAGGAACGAAUAAUAAUUGGUACUAGUGGUCAAUCAAUUAAAGAUAUUAUUAAAGCAACAGGUGAAAUUGGUAUUUCACCUAUCGAAUGGUUAGAACGAACACUAUUAUGGAGGCACAUGUGCCCAACAGCACCAGACACGUUAUUAGCCUGUCCAUACUAUGAAAAAGAUUUGUUUAUUAUGAAAGAAUGUCCAGACAUAUAUUUUGUUGGAAAUACUGAUAAAUUUGAAACAAAACUUUGGAAAGGUUUGUACAUUCUAUGCUUAUACUUACCGCUAUAUGCUUAA